AUGGAAUUGGACCACCAUCGAUGCCUGUAUGAAUUCUUAGUGCUCUGUAUAGCUCUGAUCCAUCCAGCCCUAACCAUUGCAGGUUUCCUCUCCUCCACCUGGCACAUCAACACGGCGGGCCAAUUCGCCGUCUCAUGCAUCGCAGUCGCCUUUCUCGUCGUUUUGCUCGACUUCCUCCGCCUCCUAAGCAAGCAAUACGAGGACCAUCUCCAACGACAAUUCCAGCGCUACGUUGCAGCGCAAACAACAUCGGACCGCAUGCAGUUUUUCUGCGGUGACAGCCUAGAGCACGGGCCAACGGUGCUUACCUUCCGAGCCAGUCCCUGGCAGCAGUUGGCGCGGGCGCUACUGAACACGCUGCAGUUCGGGCUCGCGUACAUUAUCAUGCUGAUCGCCAUGUACUACAAUGGGUACAUGAUCAUCUCUAUCUUCCUGGGGGCGUUUCUGGGGAAGGUGUUCUGCGACCGGGGCGAGUACCGUGUCGUGGUGGCACGGCCAGGGGCCAAGGCAACGGAUACGACGAAAGCAAUGGAGAUAGAGCCAGGGAAACAGACAGAAGAGUGGACGACGGGUUGUUGUGGGUAG